CAGCCUCGCAGAGUCCGCUUCACUCUCCCGACCACAGAUGGCGUAUCGCGCACGAUUUCUACCACCUGCACGGUUCCUCCGCCAAUAUUCUCAUCCACCACUACCACCAGCAGCAGCAGCAUCAGCCACAGCGACAAAUACACGACGCUACCGCGCCGCCAAAACAACAGCAACAGCGUCGUCGUACUCGACAAAAAACCUCGUGACGGUUUCAGUCGCUUCAGUAGACGAUCCGAAAGCUGCGAUAAGCGUCGCGACGGCUCGUGUAGCGAGAAACAGCGUCGGGACGUCGGUGUACACGAUGAUUACGCGUCGUUUUUGAACGGGAGUACUGCGAGUGUCCUAGUUACCGCUUCUCCUGGUGUUAGAAAUCGAGUUCAUCCGACUGGAAGAUACCUAAGAGGCACGCUGUCACCAACGGCCAACGCUCUGCCCCACGCGGCUGCCUCCCCGGAGUGUCAGGCCCUUCUGAGGGCGGCCCGCGAUGGGGACGACCACCUGUUAAGGGAUCUUUUGCGAACUGCUUUGGACGACGGUAUAGCCGAGGCCGAUUUGAACGCCGUCGAUUCCAGCGGAAGGACGAUAUUAAGCUACAUCGCUUCCAACGGAUCGAUAGAUUUAUUAGAACAAAUAUUACAUUUGCCCGGAUUGGACCCAAAUAAACCAGACAAUGAGGGCAAUUCUCCGUUACAUUUCGCUGCUCAGGCGGGACAAAUCGAGUGCCUAAAUUGCAUGCUGAGCCGGUGCAGAGGCAUAGAAAUAGACGCGCGGAAUAAUUUAGGUUUUACUCCAUUAAUGAAGGCUGCCCUACAAGGAAGAAAUAAAUGUGCCAAACUCCUGCUAUUCGGAGGAGCCAAUCCCACGUUGCGUGACAACGGCCGCGGUUUCAGAGCUGACCAAUGGGCCAGAUUUUGCGGCCGGUACGUUUGUGCAGACGUUAUCGAGAAGCACGCGAGACAGCGGUUACUAGAACGAUCCACUUCCUACGGGAAUUGGGGCGGGGAUAACGAGUUGGGAGCCAGGGUGCUGAUGGGGAAAGUAAUUCCGAUUCCCAUCAUUCCGCAACAGCAGUCACAAGGUCUGAAAUCGAAACUUAGAAGGGUAUUCCGCACGUCUUCCAGUCCGACACAAGACACCUUCUCGAGCGCCAGACUGGUGACGCAACUGACGUCGGCCGCUCUAUGCGCCAGCUCCCCCGUUCUUCCAUCCGGCCCCACCUGCCCUCCAGUGGUCAAAUCGCUCAUCCGCCCGCUUACGGUGCCCCGGUUGCAGAUCACGCUCGUGAACAACAACGCCGACCUCCCCAACAAUAAUAACAACAACGGCGUCGCUAAGAGUCAGAAGGGUAACGCGCACGUUUCUGCGACAGAGGGUAAGGAAGAAGCGCCUACGGGAGUUAUCAAGCCUGCUAGGAGUAAGAAGAAAAAAUAG